AAUGGAGGGAAAAAGACACCUGCAGACCUGUUUCACGGAUUGUGAAGCUUCCCCUGCAGGUAGAGAGUGGGGGCUCAAACUCAGGUCCUUGCACAUAGUAAUAGUGUGCUUAACCAGAUGCGCCACCACCUAGCUCCUGCUAAUGUCAUUUUUGAUGUUCACCUCUUGUGAAGCUUCUCUCUGCAGGUGGGGAGCAGGGACUUGAACAGGGAUCCUUGUGCAUGGUAAUAUGUACUCUUAACCAGGUGCGCCACUCACUGCCCAGCCCCCCUCCUUGGACUUUUCUGAGGAUCAUAGGAGGAAGCAACCAUGUUAGGAGCCUGAGGAUAGCACUCCUGGGGAGUAGACGCAGACCCCUAAACUCUACCUCCCCAAAGUAAGACACCCCAUAUAAACCCCCUAGGCAGAACACAGGCCAGCUGUGGACUAACCCAGCUGCCUACUUGAUGCUCUUUUCUGAGUGUCUCCUUGGUGUCCAUGAGCUUGCUUUGCUCACUGACUUACUUGGUGGCUGUCAGUGUUUCACUUCUGCCUACAUGCCUGCUCAGGGCCUCUGUGUGGUUCAUCUUGCAGAGGGCUUAGCUAAAUUGAACCACACAGAGACUUCCUGCCUGGAGUCUCAGUGUAAUUCAACUCCUGGAAGAGGUUCUCACUUUUGUCAUCCCUGCCUGGAGUUUUGGGUGCCAACCUUGUCCACACCAUGGGGUCCUCGUGGAAGCAGAGGGUCCUUGGGGUCCUGCUGUGCACGGCGGCUGUCCUGGGCCUUAUCAUGCUAAUUCUCAUACUGGUGGACGUCACUAAUGUACUGCUGCCUGCAGACACCAAGUAUGGGAUGGUGUUUGAUGCUGGGUCUUCCCACACCUCCCUCUUCGUGUAUCAGUGGCCUGCAGAUAAGGAGAAUGACACAGGCGUGGUCAGUCAAGCUAUGGACUGCCGGGUAAAUGGGUCUGGAAUCUCCUCCUAUGCCUCCAACCCUGCACAGGCUGGUGAGAGCCUGCAGGACUGCCUGCAGGAGGCACUGGCGCUAAUCCCAAAGGCCCGGCAUAAGGAAACACCCUUGUUCCUGGGGGCCACCGCGGGCAUGAGACUGCUCAACCAGAAGAACAGCUCACAGGCAGACAGCAUCUUUGCAGCCGUCAGCCACACCCUGCACCAGUCUCCAGCAGACUUUCGGGGUGCAGAGCUACUGACAGGGGAGAACGAAGGUGCCUUCGGUUGGAUCACCAUCAAUUAUGUCCUGGGGGCACUGGUCAAGUACUCCUUCUCCGGAGAGUGGAUUCGGCCUCCGAAGGCAACGCUCGUGGGAGCCCUGGACAUGGGUGGAGCCUCCACCCAGAUCACUUUCGUGCCCCAAGGCCCCAUCCUGGACAAGAGCACUGAGGCCACAUUCCGUCUCUAUGGCUUCAACUACAGCGUCUACACCCACAGCUACCUCUGCUUUGGCCGGGACCAGAUGCUCAACAGGCUGCUGGUUGGGCUGGUGCAGAGCAGCCCAGGCUCCAUGAUCCGCCACCCCUGCUACCUCAGCGGCUACAGAGACACUGUUUCCCUUGCCUCCCUGUAUGACUCAUCCUGCAUCGACACCAAGCCCCCCCCAAACCUGCCCCAGAACUUGGCUGUGGAGGGGGCAGGGAACCCCGAGGCCUGCAUAUCCAUUAUCCAAAAUCUCUUCAACUUCUCCAGCUGCCAGGGUCGAGAGGACUGUGCCUUCGGGGGAGUCUACCAGCCCCCUGUGCAUGGCCAAUUCUAUGCCUUUGCCAAUUUCUACUAUACCUUCAGCUUUCUGAACCUCACUUACAAGCAGUCACUGCCUGAGGCCAACACCACCAUCUGGAAAUUCUGCCAGAGGUCCUGGGAAGAGGUGGUGGUGAGCUACCCGGGGCAGCAGCCCUGGCUGCGGGACUACUGUGCGUCGGGCCUAUACAUCCUCACACUGCUGACAGAGGGCUAUGGCUUCACCCAGGAGACUUGGGCCAGCAUUGAGUUCCACAAGCAGGUGAGUGGCACAGACAUCGGCUGGACACUCGGCUACAUGCUCAACCUCACCAACCUGAUCCCCUCCCAGGCACCGACCCAGGGCAAAGCACAAACCCAAGCACUCUGGGUGGCCGGCGUGGUCUUUGUGGUACUGACCUUCGUGGCCAUUCUCGGGGCGGCUGCAGUCCAGCUUCUCUGGCCUCAAGACUAAGCCAGGCUGUCUCCUACCCCUGGAAGGCAGCACCCUGGCUCCCACGACCCAGAGCCUGCGUCGGGGGCACCUUCCAGAACCUCAGGCCUAUAUGGGAUCCAGGAGCCUAGUCCCUUGGGCAUGUAAUGGGGGUGUCCUGGCCAUGGAGGCUAUGCUGGGGGCUCCCAUCUCGGUGCUCCAUGGUGCUCCUCAGCCCUGGAUGGUGGCUUUCUGCACAAAAGCUGGGUCCAAGACAUUCCUGGCAAUGUGGGAAAGGCUGGCUCUGGGAGGGACUGCUGGGGUGGUGGCAGCCUGGGCCCAGCCCUGGCCCCCUGUUAUGCAGCCUUUGGUGCUGUCCAGGCACUAGGACUUCUCUCCCUCUGCCCCCCCGCCCAAAACCUGAAAGAGGAAGCACGCCUGGUAGGGACAGC